ACCAAAGAUUAGCUAAAGAACAUUGGAAAAUUCUGGAAAAGAUCACAAAUCUCUCUGAAAGUGUGAGAGAACUCAGAAGUUCAAUGGUUAAAACUGUGUGUGUGAGGAUCAGCACGAAGCUGCACCUCCUUCCACCUCCUCACUUUUUUAUGAAUGAGUUGACGUCACAAAGACACGCAGCACCAUCUAUGACGUCAACAACAACAGGACCCACCCCCACUGCUGCGGGAAAAACCUCACGAUCAGAAAAGAGGGAGGUGUCGCUCUUCAUGGAUCCCCUCCAUCCUCCUCCUCCUCCUCCUCCUCAUCCUUCAGGGUGCCCUCACACGCCUGAGGAUGACUAAUCAUCCAAGAGAGAGAGGGAGGGAGGGUGAGAGAGGUGCAUGUUGAGUGAAGGGAGGGAGAGAGAGCGAGGGAGGAUAGAAGCAUCAGCAGCAGCAUCCUCCUCAUCCUCCUCGUCCUCGGUGAACGUGCAAGAUGAGAAGCAGCUCCUGGUUCCCCGCCGUGCUGUCUUAUCCCUGACCACCUGACAGCAUCAUCACCAGUGAAGUGGAGCAGGCUAACACCUGGACAACAGAGGGAGUGACUAGCUUUUCAUUCACAUGUGGAGCAGGAGGAUCGGACUAAUCCCUGGAAGAAAAGAGGAGGCAGGAUGUCGAAGCCCACCGGACGGCUCCAGGCUAAUUCCUGAAUAACAGAAUGAAUGACUGAGUGAUUGAAUGGAGACGGUCAUUAGUAGAGUUAUUGGUUCUGACUAAUAUCUGCAGCAGCACUAGCAGUAGCAGGUGCCUCCUCCCAGAACCCAGGACCUGGAUUUGGACCCAGACAACGCCCCCCCUCUCCUCAUCCUUUUCCACCUCCUCGUGCUGCUGGGACCAGGUUAAUCUCUGGAUCAGUGGUGUCUGGCAUGUUCUGCUUCUGCCUGCAGAGUUCCCUGCUGAAGCUCCAGGCUCUGGAAGUGGACGGCAGCUCCUCACCAGGCGGGUCCCCAGAGGAGAGUCCACCAGUCCUCACCAGCAAGGAGCAGAAGAGCCCCUGUGGGCCCCUGGAGGGCAAGACGCAGGCUCUGUGUCACAACGUCCCCAAUGAGGAAGAGCUGUGGACGGUCCUGACCAGAACCCCCCAGUCCACCAGGCACCAGCACAUCAACACCAUCCACCAAGGCCAGCAGCCCCUGACCCCCGACGCAGCCCCGCCUCUCAGUCCUCAUCACUCACCCUACUCGCCUCAGGGGAGCAGCCCAGGAGGUGAAGGUGGAGGAGAAGGAGCAGGUGCAGGAGCUCUGCUGCAGUUACUUACAGGGGGCGCUAGUCCUCUGCCGUCGCCACGUUGUUCCAGCCUGAGCCACAGCCUGAGGUUCAACUCUGACCCUGAAACUGCACCGUCGCCGCCCUGCAGUCAGCAGUACAUACUGUCCCGUGGUCAUGGAGACAGGACUCAGGAGUCAGAGGAGGAUGAGUUUCCCUCCUCCAUCCCGUUCCUCACCCGACACAUACAGACCCUGAAGAAGAAGGUCCGCAGGUUCGAGGAUCACUUUGAGCUGGAGAUGAACUACAAGCCGUCUCACAACGACAAAUACUCCAACCCAGAGAUGGUCAGAGUGAUGAACGACCUGGCCAAGGCCCGAAAACAGCUGAAAGAGCUCAGUCUACGACAGUCUGUGUUUGAGUCCAAGGAGCAGGACGGAGGAAACAGUGACAUCUGCAGGUCCAGUUUUGGACAUCAGGGGGCGUCAGAACACAGACCCACUCUUGAAGAAACAGUGGAGUCGUUAUUUCGGAGACUGCGAGAGAAGAGACGAGAUCUGAGGCUGCCCGACAACGUCAAGGACAUGACUCAGGCUCAGAUGGUUCUGGAGAAGAUCACGUUACAGAAGUGUCUCCUUUACUGUGAGAGUCUGCACGGACGACCGGGAACCAAACAGGAGAAGAACCUGGUCAAACCUCUGUACGACAGGUACCAGCUGAUCAAACGUUUGCUGUGUGCCAGUCCCACCUCCAUCACUACCAUUGAGGAAGAGGAGGGUUCUGAUGAGGACUCUGGGACCUCAGCCACGCUGGACGAACAUCCUGUCCAGGGCUUGCCUCUUCGACCAGCAGGGGGCGAAGACGACAGUGACCGUGACAGUGACCCGGCCUUUGUGUCCCCGAUGGACGAGGUGAAAGCUGUCCGUCAUCAGCCUGGUGUCACCACCGCCAACCUGCACGAAGCCUCCAGGUCUCAGCUGUUGCAGACUUUACGACAGACCAGAGCAGAGAAGAAGAUGAGGCGCAAAAUAAUCAGAGAGUUUGAGGAGCAGUUUUACCGUCAGACCGGCAGAAUUUGCCAGAAGGAGGAUCGCACUCCGUUGAAGGAAGAAUACCAGGAAUACAAACAACUCAAAGCCAAACUGCGACUGCUGGAAGUUCUGCUCAGCAAACAGGAAGUUGAAAAAUCCAUGUGACACCAGUGAGGGACAAGUCCUGUCGUUGUCGCUGAUCCUGGGUCAGAAGGUCAUCUAAUGCAUUUAUAGCUUCUUCCAGUGUUUGUUAACCUUACAGUUGACUGCGCCUCCACUGAGAUCCUACUGAGUCUUUACUGAGUCAUGACCAAAACUGCACUGUCCAUAGUCUCCACCAGUUUCUACUGAGCCUCUGCUGCAUUCUUCAGAAAUCUCCACUGAGAUUCUACUGCAGUACUGCUCCCGCUCGACUGUACUGCAUCUUUGUUGUAUCUCAGUUUAGGCACCGAGUCUUUACAGACAAAUAUAUUAAUGCUAAGACUCAAUUUCUGCUGGUUCCUUAUUGAUCCUUAACCAAGACGUAGUCUUUACCUUGUUUCCACCAGAACCCUGCUUUACUGAGACUAAACUAAGACUCUACUCAGUCUCUGCAGAGUCUGUACUACGUCUCUGUAGUAGACUCUACUUAAUCUUUUAAAGUGCCUACAAAGUCAGAUGAACCUCCACUGAUAGUCUCUACUGAGUCUUGCCAAGUCUCUAUUUAGUCCUUACUGAGUCUUCAAACCAAACUAUUAGUCAGUCUUCACCGAAUCCCAGCUACUCCUGGUUACUAAGCUAAAACAACUAGGUUUUUACUGGUUCUCUGAAUUGUACCUAGUCCUAACUGACUCGGUCUUUACUGAGUCUCCACUGAGUCUUUAUCGAGUCUCUCUCCAAAAGUGUCAAAUGAGUCUGUACUGAGCCUUCACUCGUUCCUAUUGACUGAGUCUUUACUAAGUCUGGUUCUUUACGUGAUGUAAUCUUUAUCAAGUUUCUAAUGAGUCUUUACUGAGUCUGAUCUGAGUCUACGGGGGAUUCCACCACAUCCACACGUUUGACAUCACACAGUAGAAGAUAUUGAUAAUGUGUCCAAACCUCAGUGAAGUAUUUGUCAUGAACAGAGUUGUGAUGCGUUCACAUGGAUAUUUAUUUUGUUAUGAAUCAAAGUGAAUGAAAUUUCAACGUAAAUGUUUGAUCUGAACGAACCACAUGGUUUUAAAUCUGUGUUAA